AUGCCGUCCCUUACGGAUCUCGAAAACUUUAUUGAGGAGAACUUGCCUCGCAAUAUCCAAGAGCUGCCCCACAGGGUCUCCGUCUCGGUUCAAGAAUACUACCGGAUCCUUUACGAGCAGCUCAACAAGUACGGUCCACCCAUCUCAGACUUGCCAUCCUUGUCAUCAUUCGAUAGCUUCAUCGACAAGCUCACCGAGCUUGUUUCACCCACUCCCGCAACCCCCGUGCUCCCUCCGCCGCCACCACCCACCAACUUGCAGCUUUUCCAAUCAUGGUCUCGAAGGCAUCUCACCUCCCUCAGCUUGGCAGGCGGUCUCCUAGUUGUGGGCCUUGGAACGACCUACGCCUAUCAGGCCGGAUAUGUCGCUUUGCCUUAUCUAGGCAGAAAGCUGGUCGUGGGUCGUGGCCGCACACGCCAGGUUCGCCUGAAACGCGGUAUCCGUAGAGAAGCCGUCAUCGUGCUAGGAGCAGACACACCCCUGGGCCGUUCUUUGGCCUUGCACUUCUCGAGCAAAGGUUUCGUCGUCCUCGCUUCCCUCUCGUCCUCGGCUGCUCUAGCUCAGUUCGAGAACCUCAUCCCUCCUAGCUCCCGAGGAUACGUCAAGGCGCUCAUCUUUGAUGUAGAUGACCCCUCUGGCUCCCUUCAGCCUUUCGUCAGAGCGCUCUCUGCUGCUCUCAGCCUUCGCUAUCCACUCACCAGUGCUGGUGACCCUUACGCAAGACCUGGCGAGAACAUCAUUAUUGCCGGAGUAGUCAACGCGCUCAGCUUCGUCGCACCUGAGGAAGACCCCAACUUGUCGCGCAGCAUGUCGGCUUCAACCUCGGCCUCUUCGCUCGGUGUCCCCAUCUCCAAGCUCACGCCCUCUCCCUCUUCCGAGCUCCUCGGCCGUCACGUGGUAGCCAGUCUCUGCGUGCUGGGAGCUCUCAUUCCGAUGCUUCGAGCCCUUCCAAACCGAGCUGAAGAUACGCCUGAAACGGACCCCGCUACAGUAGUUACGCUCGUCUCCAGUCCUGCUUCUCGUACCGCUCUGCCUCGCCAAGCCAUGUAUUCCGUCAUCGCCCAGAGUGUCGUUGCCGGUGUCCAGUCGCUCCGACGUGAGUGCGAGGAAGAAACGUUCCACUCCAAGACUGCCAGCAACAGCAAGCUCCCUCCAGCUCUCAGUAGCUCGACUUCCGGCAGUGUUGCAGGACGAAGAGCCUCUAGCUCCCGAUCCGCCCUCAAGCAGAGAGAUGUUCGCGUGACAAUGGUCGAAGUCAACGCUGGCUCCAUCUGGGGUGAUUACGGCAACGUCUUGAACGCCAGCUCCACUGAUGCUUCAGCGAGCACUGCCAAUAUUGGUGGGUCGCAGUCAUCGCCGUCCCGUCCUGGCUAUGCCAGGUCGCCCUCUUCUUCGCUCGGCUCACUGUGGCAUCACAGGUCUCCCACUUCGGCACCAGUGUUGAACAAGGUCUCGGACCUUUUGCUCAGCACCAAGCGACGACUGCGUCCCAGCUACACGGUCGGCACACACACGCUCUCUGCCUACUGGCUCACUCUCAGCCAGGUACUGCUCACCAUCGUUCCAACCAGUGUCGUCGACUUUACACUCGCUCUUGGCAGGCAGCUCUCCUUGCGCAGAGCAGGGCUUGUUGGCCGUGCCGAGCAAGCUUUCCUCCCCUGGAACUGGGGCAAGACGCCAAGUGACCGUCCAGAUCAGUCAAAUGCGCAAUCGGCUGCGAACAAGCGACCCAUUGCAGGUCCAGGCCCGGGUCCCACUUCGAGUGCUCACUCUCGAGCCUCGCUUCUCAGGUCGAACGCAGAUGUCAAGCGACCAAGUCCUCUAGGCUACGAGAUCCGAGACUCGGAUGCACAGAGUUUACCCGAGAGCGAACGAUCCUCUGGCGCAGGCUCCGGUAUUCCAAGCAGCGUCCCUUCUUCGGCUUAUGGUGAUAACGAUGCCGACGCUGAUGCAUACGGAGAAGAGGAGAGUGGUGCCUCGCACACACACAGCCCUUACUUUGGAGCCACACGACCUAUGCAGUCAUCACACGCUGACUUGUCGGCUUCCAAUGCAGGCUUGACAGAUGGGUCUCGUGAAGCUCGAUCCGGACGUGAUCCAUGGAUGGGCCCUCCUAGUAGCAGUGGCACAAGCAGUCGUGCGACUUACUCUCCGGCUGUGCAGCAAAAUUCGGCCUACGCCUCCGAGAAUGAGGAGCGAGAUCAAGCAACAGACUCGCCGUUGGAUACCAGUUGGGUUGCGUUGGCUGAUAGUCAACACUCGCAUGGUUCUCAGUAG